GGCCCAGCCGCUCCUCCCCCACCACGUGGCCCUCCAUGGAAGCCUUGGUCUAUGCAGUGAGCUGGGCCCGAGGACAUCCCAGCCACCCUGACACACCACCCAACAUCUACGAGGGGGGGCUGGGGGCCCAGGAGCAGCAGUGCCCCGGUGCCCAGGGAAGCAAGCCCAAGAACUUCCGGCUGCGCCACCUCCGGGGCCUGGCUCUCUACCUGCCGGGCCAUAUGCAGGCUGCCGGCCAGUGUGAGAGCCACUGGUUGGGCCGGCUCAUGGCCAGGGGCUGCCUCCCACAGCCUGAGGGCAUGGCCUGGCCCCUAGACCUUCCACAGGGGACUCUGGGCCCACGUAACAGCCACUGCUCAGCCCUUCUGGAAGCUCCAGUGCCCAGGGACAUCCUAGGAAAUACAGCUUCCAGUUCCAGCGCAGACCCAGCCAAGGGUGUCCCCUCCCAGCCUGGUCCCUCUGAAGUCUUGGGACUCAGGCCCAAAAGGUCCUGGGAGACCUCAGAGGAGUCCACAUGUCCCUUGUGCAAGAGAACCCGCUCUGGGGCUCUGGAGAGACCAUAGGGAUCUGAGUGCCAAGCCUGGCUGUCCCAACUGGGGACAGGAGGGAAAAGGAUGGCUCAGGAAGAGGAGGCAGGUCCAGACAGGAAGGGCUCAGCCCCUACCAGCAGUCGCCCCACACUGAGACACCCCAGCAGCUGCCCAGCACCAGAGCUUGGGCCGGCCUCAGGCAGAAGACUCAAGGGGGGGGGGGAGGGAGGAGGAAGUCCUGCGGGAGGAACAGAAAAAAUAGAAGCCAUUGCAGCCUGCUCCAGCUCAGGUCAGCCACUUGUACCUGGGAGGCCAGGCUGAGUGGAGAUUUAUGCUCCAAGAGGCCAGGGAGCCCACAGGCCUAAUUUCAAUAAAAGCCAAGGUCUG